AUGUUAAGGAUUCUCAGGAAGAAAUUGCACCUCCUGGUUCUAAUUCCACUCGUAAACGUGUCAGAAUCAGAAGUGGAUGAGUCGUCUCUCCAGGAUUCCCUGGGCUCUGUUUGUGUCAGUGCAGCCCAAGCCAAGAAGGAGCAGCCCAGCCCUGGUGCCACAUCAGUCCCUGCUGCAGACAGUGCCAGUCCUGCUCAGGGCAGUCAAAGGAGAACGAGAAAUGAACAGGGAAUACUUAAAGCAAAGCAAACUGAAAUCCUGCAGGGGAAUCCAGCACAAAGAAAUGCAGUGAUGUGUAGAAGAGGAAGAGGUAAAAAAGUUAAUUUUCAGCUUGAAGAAAGCAGUUCCAAAGCGAUGGAAGGAAAAAGUUUACCUGAGGGUGGUGAAGGCAUGACUGACAAAGAUAAUCAACGUGAGAAUUCCAAAAAUCCUCCUUCACAGGGAAGGAGGGGCAGGAGGAAAAAACUUGAUUCCAUCCCACAAGAAGCUAGUGCUGCCUUGAUGGAAAAACAAACACCAAGUGCAGAUGACAGGAAAGAUGAGGCUGUGGUACAGGAGCAAGGACCAGCUUUGGAAACUGCUGACAAUGCACCGAGACGGGGGAGGAGACGGGAGGUGGCUGCAGCACCACAGACCAGAUCUCCUUCUGUCAGAACGAGACGUGGGCUGCUGGGAGGUGAUGCCAAAAAGAUGGCAGAGAGAGAAGACGAAAAUCCAGCCCUGGGUUAUGAAACUUCACAAGCAAAAGUGAAUGAAUCAGCAAGGGACAGAAGGAAAAAGAUGGAUCCGGCAGCAGGGACAAGAAGUUCAACUCCACUCCAGAGCAAGUGUGGCUUGUCAGAGACUAAAGAUGAGGAGGGUACUCAUGAGGAGCAAAGUGUGCCUUUGGAAGCAGUGGCCUGUGCUAAGGAGAAGCCACCAGGAAGGGGCAGAAGGAAGGAAACUGCUCUGGCAUCACACACAACCAGCUCCAUCUCUCUUCGAGGGAAACGCAGGUUGGCAGCAGGUGAUGGAGAAGAAGCUCCCAAAGAAGAGCAGAAUGUUCCCUCAGAAACUUGUGAUCCACCUGGAAAAGAAAAUCAACUGAGAAGAGGCAGGAGGAAGGAAAUUGCCCUCUUGAUAGAAGCCAAAAGUUCUAUUCAGGGAAAUCAGGUCCCAUCAAAACAAAGUGGUAGAAAAAAUAACAGGGAAGCUAAACAGAGUUUGGACAAUUCUUCCCAAGAAAAUAUGGAUAUUGUAAAAGGGAGCUCGAGGCAAGCAACCACUUCACCUCAGGGUCUGCCAGAAGAUGGUAAAGAUGGAAUUCCUGAAGAACAAAACUUCUGCGAGUUCUUGGCUUGA